AUGAAGCUUGAUAAAGCUCCUACAGAGUCUUACGCGGAUAUUGGUGGUCUGGAACAACAGAUUCAGGAAGUUCGUGAGGCGGUUGAGUUGCCCUUACUUCAUCCUGAGCUUUAUGAAGAGAUGGGUAUCAAGCCUCCCAAGGGCGUCAUUCUUUACGGCUCUCCCGGCACCGGUAAAACCUUGCUUGCGAAAGCGGUUGCCAAUCAAACAUCCGCUACAUUCCUCCGUAUCGUUGGUUCUGAGCUCAUUCAGAAAUACCUUGGGGAUGGCCCUCGUCUUUGUCGUCAAAUAUUCCAGGUCGCUGCUGAACACGCACCUAGUAUUGUCUUCAUUGACGAGAUUGAUGCUAUUGGUACCAAGCGUUACGACUCAACAAGUGGUGGUGAAAGGGAAGUCCAGAGAACCAUGUUAGAAUUGCUAAAUCAACUGGAUGGUUUUGAUGAUAGAGGUGACGUCAAGGUCAUUAUGGCUACCAACAAGAUUGAGACUUUGGAUCCCGCCUUGAUUCGUCCGGGUAGGAUUGAUCGUAAAAUCUUGUUUGAAAAUCCUGAUCAAAAUACAAAACGCAAGAUUUUUACCCUCCACACCUCAAAGAUGUCGUUGAGCUCUGAUGUAGAACUUGAGGAGUUUAUCAAUCAGAAGGACGAUCUUUCUGGUGCCGAUAUCAAGGCUAUCUGUACUGAGGCUGGAUUGCUCGCUCUGAGAGAGCGGAGGAUGAGGGUACAAAUGGCGGAUUUUAGGACGGCUCGGGAGAGGGUCUUGAAAACCAAGAGCGAGGGUGAGCCUGAGGGACUGUAUCUGUAGCUGGUUGGCUUGUUGUUGCUUUGCGCGUAAAUAAUUGAGGUUUUACAAUGGACUCAGUUGGCUCUUCAUACCCACGCGUUGGUGCAUGUGAUAGUAUAAGUUAUCUCAAUAUAACAACUCGACCGUUUUU